AGAACGUAACCCUGGAAGGUAAUUAUUGCAGGUUAUGAAAGAUACACUGUAAGGGUUAAGGGUGAUGGGAGUGUCCCUUUAAGAUUGCUGGAUCUUUUGCAGACUAAGGUUGCCUCUGGUGAUGUUGUUAAACUAGAAACUUGUUAUCCCUGUCUAACAGUCAUUAAGAAAUAAUAAUUUGAUAAGUUAGUAAACGUGCGGCACACCCAGAUGGAUAUAUGUUUGUAGGGCGUAGACUGCUGCCACGUGACCAAACCAAUGGCUAUAAAUGGUCUUAUUCUGUCUGCUAUAUUUCAGGGUGGAUUUUCUUAUCAGUGUCUAAUCAUGUCAGGGAUGGUUGGAGGUUUUGGUGAAACACAGCCAGCAACACCAGAAGUACAGGAUAUCUGUGACGAGGUAAAAUGGUAGAAGUGGGGGGUACCUAUUAAACAAGUGUCUUAUAUGGGAACCAUUUACAAGGUAAAAAAUGUGUAAUGAUAAGAGCAACAAUGUUCUUAUUCUAAAGAGUAAUAUGAAAGUGUGUAUAACUAAUAGUCAUUAUAAGUGUGUAUGUUAAGGGUGAGGGUGAGCACCUACUGUAAGAGUAAUUGGAGAGUAUGAUACAAAUAACGUGUGUGUGUGUGUGUGUGUGUGUGUGUAUACACACACACACAGAUAAGAGACUGGUAAUAUUAGGGAUCUGGUAUAGCCGUGCUCUGUCCAUAUUUCGUGGUUCUGUCUGCCAUCAUUUAUGGUUCUAUCCUUUGCUGAAAUAAAAUCUGCUCUAAUUAUUUCUCCACUGGCUGUUCAGGCCCUGGGGAGAUAGCGCAGCUAAGCGGACAAGGGCACAUGUAGGAGUGUGGGGAUAGAUGCAUGGGAUUGGUUGGGAAAGAAUGUGUGGGUGGGAUUAUGUUCUGUGUAAGUUAGUGUGGGGGAGGUCUUACCUCAGUGCCACUUGGGAUUCGGGCCAGCAAACAGCUUCCCUCCCACCCGCCCUAUUGGUAUAUUUCGUCACAGCUAGCCGGGGGUAUGUCCUUGCCAAUUGAGUUUUAGUGGUUACGUUUAAGUAUAUGGAAUGAGAUGAACAAGUUUUUAAGGUCUCAACCUCCCCUGCUUCAAAAGGUUAACAUUAGGUUGCCUGAGGUGUCGUGCCCAUCGAGCGUGGAUAAGGUCGGCUGAUGGCGGGCAUUGGAAAGAUAUGAUUUUUAUGACGAGGGGGGAGGUGAGAGGAAGUGGUGAUUAGGAACCACUGUAUGUUUAUUGGCAAGGACGGUUGGGUCACUGUAUAACACCAUGUGUGGAGUUAUAUAUGUAUAUAUGUUAAUUUAUGCUUAUUUAUGUCUAGCGUUUUGAUUACAGAAAGAAUAGAUUUAAUAAAUAAAGUUAUGGAUGUGUUAUGCAGUAAUUUAGUUUGUGAUAAUAAAUGCUGUGGCCUGUUCAUCCAUACUAAGUGGUCUGUCGUUAUUGGGGGGGUUGAAUGGGGUUAGUUUAUGUUCUAGGCUGCAUCGUGAUUCCCCACUACGUACGUACAUGUAUGCAGAGUGCUGGGUAAAUAGAUUCUCAUUUAUUCUUGUUUUUAUAUAUAUAUAUGUGGUUCUGAAGACCACCAACUCUGUUUGCCCCUAAAGGGUUCUAAUGGAGCCUAUUGACUGACUAGGUUUUGAGCAGUAGACCCAAGUCAUUGCACUUAUUCCCUCAUCAAAAUAAAAUAAGCCUAAUAACUGAGCUGACUUAAUUUAGUUGACUGGUUAUUGAUCCCCUUUUCAUUUGGCAAAUUGGAAUCUUAAAGGGACACUCCACUGCCCACAAAAAGAAAAAUACCUACUUGAACACACCCCUAAUAACAUUUAUAAAUUUUUAUUUUAUUUUUUUUCAUUGGGUUAUAUAUCUAACAAAAAGCGAUUGUAAAGGAUGUCUGCAGCUUUUGUAAGUCCUCCCUGCCCAGACUUUAUUUUCAAUGCAGCUCAGAGAAGUCUUUGCAAAGCACAGGCUUCCUCUUGGGUCUAGUUCUUGUUAAAUCCAUCAAGAAUUAACAGGACCAAUUGUCUAACAGCCAUUGGGGUGUAACAAGGUUACUCUAGAAUAGUGACCAUUUCCAUCGAAGUCUGGAUUGUAAAAUGAAGAGGACAGAUUUUUCAUGUAACACUGCCGCAAGCUAAACUGCCUUAGGGGUCUGGACUGUCCCUUUUAAGAUAUAUUCAAGAUUACAUUGACUAAGCGACUUCUUACCUUGGUUUGUGGGGAAAAUUUGGGGACAAUUCAUGGUCUUUAACUCCGCAGCAAUUCAACAUUACAAAAUUGUAAUUAUGCUAACGUAGUGUAAUUAUAAUCUUAACUUUAGUAAUGACAGGAGGCGAGUAUUUUGAGAGUCAAUUCAAAUGAAGUCUCCUGCCAUGUGGUAAAAUGAAGUCUAAGUAUGUAAGGAACUUGGGGUGGGAGCGUUUACUGCCAGUUUAGCAGGAGAUUUGUAUGAGUUUUGAGCAUUUAUAUUUCUCUUUUUGGAGAAUACGGAUAGCUAGACCUAAACGUCUUUCUGUCUUCGUGUUUUUUUUUGUUUCUUUUUCUAUACUUCUAUUUCAUUACAAAAUAAGCUCUGAGCUCAAAGUACACCUGUGCAUUAAAGAAAAAUAAUCUGUCUGCAUGUUGCUAACGGCCGUAAUAGAGCCAGCAAGGAGCAAACUAUUGUCUCCCCAUUCUCCUCCUCCCCAAAUGGAGCCAGGGAGCUAUGCCCAGCUCUGGGUUAAGUUAACAUUUCAUUUUAACCCUUUAAGGCUGGGGGGCGUUCAUUUAGAGCCAGUUCCAUAAGGACAGCAUAUAACCCCAAAGCUGGCCUUUGUACUUACCCGAUCGCUCGCGAUCCCCUAUGGGGACUUAUCUCUGAGUCCUCCUUCGGCCCCUCCUUCGACCCUCCAUCCCAGACCCUCCUACUUCCUGGACAGCAUCCAUGUUGAAGGCACCUUCAACAUGGUUGCUGUCGAGGAGGUGGGAGAGUCUGGGAGGGAGGGUCUGCCGGAGAUUGUCAGGGAUGUGUCAGCUGACCGGAGUUCGUCGCGAACGGGUCGCAGCGAACCGUGGCGAACCGUUCACGGCAAGUUCGCGACAUCACUAUUCAUGACUAUGAACUUUCCUCAGGACAUAAAUCAUACAUAUCAAUGCUGACCCUAAAUAAGGAACACUCUUUUACCCCAUUCCAAUCACCUGUGUGUUGGCGUGCCCCUCUCCCCCCAUGUGCAUGCUGUGCGCAUGCAUGGACUUAAGCUCCUCCCCAAUGAUGACUCGUCGUCCGUUUCCAGGACAACGCCUAAACAAACCUCCAGAACAGCCGUUCUGUUUACACCACCUAUCAAAGUGAAUCGCAAUAUAAAUAUUGCCUUAAACUGUAUAUUUAAAAAAAGCCUAUUUCUAAUGUGAUCAGUGCUGAUAUUAAGUUAUGUGAUCGCUGCAUAUCUGAUCACUAAAUGUGAGUCUAUCAGACCUAGUAAUCAAGUGCAGAGAGUGCUCGAAUUUAUAGGUGUGCAGGCACCAUAAUGUGAUGAAUAUAGAGAAACAGAACAUCUAACUCAAAACUUGUAUGAAUGUGCAUAAUAGAAAUUCUGGCUCUUAUCGAUAUCCAUUCGAGACAGAUGAUUAAAGUGACAGUGCUUCAAUGUGCCAAAUGAUAUGUUAAAGUGACAGUGCUCAGCAGAAAAUUUCUUAAUAGAAAGUGAAAAACAGUGCUUACUAUGUGUCCCAAAUAUUAAGCUCUCAAUGUCAUAAAUUAAUCACAUGCACAGCAAGCUAUUGUAAAGGCCCUGGGGAGAUAGCGCAGCUAAGCGGACAAGGGCACAUGUAGGAGUGUGGGGAUAGAUGCAUGGGAUUGGUUGGGAAAGAAUGUGUGGGUGGGAUUAUGUUCUGUGUAAGUUAGUGUGGGGGAGGUCUUACCUCAGUGCCACUUGGGAUUCGGGCCAGCAAACAGCUUCCUGUCCUCCUGCUCCUGUUUGCCUGGGCCUGCAGAUUGACACAGCUUGAGGGAUGGAGGUUGAGGCUUUCUGGCUUCCCUCAGAGCUGCUGCAGCGUGGAUGGUGGCCAGCGACUCCUGAUUCAGGUGCUCUCCUCUCCUGGAUCCUCUCCCCUGGGGUGGCUGCCGGUGUGGGUGCUCUCCCCCGCAGCCUGGGCCCCUCUGGGGCCUUCCCUGUGACCCCCCCCCCACCAUGGUGGCUGCCGGUGUAGGUGCUCCCCCCCGCAGCCUGUCUUCAUCCAUAUGGGCCUUCCCUGUGGCCCCUGCCCCUGGGGGCCGCGAUGGUGGAGGCCGGCAUUCCCGCCCGCCGGCUCCGCUACCCCCCCUGAUGCUGCUCCUCGGGCCCGGUUGAGGAGGUGGAGCCCGGGCCCGAGGCUUCACCUGGCCGCGUGUCUGAGGCUCCAGACACGCGGCCUACAACUGCCAUGAGGAUGCGCGGCCUAAUCCCACGGCGCGGGACCUGCGGCCUCCCCAUCCUGCAGCCGGAUCACGGGCUGCGGCCUCCGGCGUGAAUCUGUGGGAGGCGGGCGGUGCAUCCUGCGCCUUGUGUGGCCGGCCGGAGGCCUUCUGGGGGGGCGCGACGGCGGGGCCUGGGACGAGGCCCCGGCGGUGAGUGGGCCCUGCAGGGCCAAGAGGGGACUGCUCCAAUGCUGUUGGGGGUGGGGGAGGACCUCUCCUGCGGGCCUCCUCUGCCAGUGAGGAUGGCGCCCGGGGGUCGUCCCCCCCGUUCUCAGCUCCCCCCCCCUUCUCGGUUUCCGGUUUAACCCUCUCCCCCCCCCCGUUGGUGUCCCCCUGUUCUCUCUCUUUCCCCCCUUAUUUGUUCCCAUCAAUCUGUUUUUGUUUUGUUUUUUCCCCCUUCCCCUCUCUCUGUUUCUCUCCGCUAUGUUCCCCCUCCCCCCCCUCUCUUUUCCUCUCUUCCCCUGCUCUUACCUGUUCCUGGGUCUUCUCUGCCUUCUGUUCUUCUCUCUCUGCCUUCUGUUCUUCUCCCUCUGCCUUCUGUUCUUCUCCCUCUGCCUUCUGUUCUUCUCUCUCUGCCUCCUGUUCUUCUCUCUCUGCCUCCUGUUCUUCUCUCUCUGCCUUCUGUUCUUCUCCCUCUGCCUUCUGUUCUUCUCCCUCUGCCUUCUGUUCUUCUCCCUCUGCCUUCUGUUCUUCUCCCUCUGCCUUCUGUUCUUCUCCCUCUGCCUUCUGUUCUUCUCUCUGUUUACUUAUCUGGGCUGCCUCCUGGUGGCACAUCCUCUCCAUGCCCUUCUCACAGGUCCUGGCUGCAGUUCAUAGAAAUGCACAGCAGGUGGCGCCUGGAAGAAAACAGUGGAAGCUGGUUUCAAUAUCUUCUGCCUGGACUUCUACGCUUGUUAUGCCGCGGGUGGUGCACCGGGCAUUGGCUGGUGAGUGCGUUGUCCCUUGUUGCAUCCGUUCGGGCCCCCUUUAGAGCUGGGGGGGGGGUAUUUGUGCACAAAAAAAAAAAAAACUAGAACUGACUGAAUACAUGAAUGGAAGGUGAGAUGUAAAAAAAGGAAAAAUGAUUAAGUAAAAAUUUGGGAAUUUAUUAAAAAAAAAAAAAGGAAGAAAAGCUCCUGAAUGAAUCCCUGAAUUGAAGGAGAAGUAAAAAAAAUAAAAUAAAGAAAACGGUAAAUGGACGCCGCUUACCAGGGAGUCCUCUCCGGUUAUUUAACCCCCCCCCCUUUUAUCCAUAUUUCUCAUAUGUUAUAGUACGGAUUCCUGCAGCAUCCUGCGCAGCUUCUAGCACUGGCGUUGCCUCCCAAAAGGCAGGCGGUUAGGGUGGCUCUCGACGCUGCUGCGGGGGCGCUAGUAUGGCCUGCUUUACUUGCGCAUGUCGCGUAAUACAAGGGAGCAGUGGUGAGGGGGUUUUUUCUUAGUGAUAUGUUCCCUCAUGCCGCGGGGGGCCUGUGCUUGGAAGGGACUCCUGGUUGUGUGUGUGAGGAAAAUACCAUGAUUGGUUGCGACCCAUGCGCGCAAGAAGUGUGUCAGGGCAUCCUAUGUUAUGGAUAGCAGUGUCGGGGAGAGGGCUCCCCGGUAUGCUCCACGUUGUUCUGCUGUCAGGACACUCUCUGGGACGCGUGUCGUUCCUAGGGUGAGCUGGGUUAGUGGGAAUUUGCAGACGGAAAAUGGGGUCCUUGUGCCAUUCCAGCACAAGGGUUCCGGUUGCAGGGGGCCCAUCCCGUUCCCCGCGGUCUUUUCAUGCAGGCAAUCUGUCGGGAUAGGGGACAUGAGUGCUCUCCAAGCAGGACCUUUCUACCCAUAUGAGACUUCCUUCGGGUGGUGUGGGAGCGGCUUACCAAGAAGCUUGGUAGGCUUAUCUCCCGACCAACUUUGGGGUGCUCCCGAAGUCCGCACCGCGGGAACCACCCCUCUCACCUUGGGGCAUGGUGCCUGUAGAGGGGCAGGGUCAAUUUCGCAUGAUUUCUUAUUUACUCGAUUGUCGUUCCAUCUGUUUUCCGGGCCAUAUUUCUGACUGUCAGUGUUCUGUGGCUAUGUGCUCUUAAUGUCGCCCUCCUGGGUAAGCUGGGCUUUGUCUGUCGGUGUUGCCCUGCGUUAUGGGGUUUUCCUUUUGGGCCUCCGUUAGCGGUGGCUUGUGCAAUCAGGCCCCCUAAGUCCCUCCCACUGACUUCCACCUGUUGCCGCUGCGGCGGGUUUGGGGGUUUUUUGGGGCCUAAUUGGGUUUUUUCCAUGGUGUGCUGUCUCUUGCUCAGUAAGCUGGCAAGCAUUGGGGCUCUUGCAGACUGGCUGUCUUGGAGCUUCCCCAUUCUGGUGGCAUGGUAGGCGUGGGGUACCCAACUCCCAGUCAGGUGGGUAGUUCUUCCAUUGUGACAAUUGUGGGGUGGUGCAGGCUGUCUAUAUCAUGUUGCAGUACCCUCUACCCCGGUGGUACCCUGGUUGCAGAGCCUAGCUCGGUGCUGCUUGAGUGUGGAGGUGUCUGGUCAGGCGGGGUUUUUCCCGGGGGUUCUAUCUUGUUCCGGUGGGGGGCUCCGUGGGGCCGAAUUAUAAGGCAGUGGAGUUGUGGUCGCUCGGUCUAGCGGUCUGGGGGCAGCUACGGUACAGUGUGACCGAUCGGGCCGGAUGAGAGCAUUUCCUUGGCGGCUUCCCGUUCCUGUUACGGUCAUCUGCAGGUGGGAAGGGGUUUUGGUGGCUCGAGUAAGCAUCGGGAUGGAUUUCCUUCAGGCUUUCGCCGCUCGACAGCUGUUGUACUUGGGAAAGGUCAGUUGGUAGCGGUUGGUUGAUUCAUCAAUAGAAUCUGUUCCGUUCUUGGAUGUUGCGGGGUUGACCUAACCGGGCCCUUUCUGCUUUCUCUUGAGGUAGAUGGAAUGCACAGGGUAAUGGUUAGGCUCCUAACAGGAUGUGCUAGGUUCCCAGUUUAGUUGGAAAUAUACCGUUUCAAUUGGGGGGAGUGCCGGGUUGCCAAAUGUGUCCUGUUUUCCUUCGGUGAGGGCUAUUGCGCCCCUGGGUUGUUCAGCCUCCUCUCCCAUUUUGGUUCUCGAAGCCGGGUUUUCUCGCCUGCGUCCAUGUCAUUGGGGUGCUCCAGUUGGGGCUUGAAUUCCUGGGUAUGGAUGGUGGAGAGUUCAGGGGGCAUUUCGGUCUGGUUAGGGGGCGGCUACAGACGCCGCCGGUUUGGGCAUGCUUGUGCCACUGGUUCACGGAGCCUGAAUAGUGGGGUCAGGCUCCUUGGGUUAACCCUGCCAGUCUCCAAAUGGAUUUCUCUCCGCGGUUACUGUCUCUCCCCCCUCCCCUCCACCCGGAAUAAGGAGGGUGGGAUGCUCAUGUCAUUUGGGACAGGAGGCGGGGGGGCGAGUGGUUGGAUCUUACGCCUUCGGAAGUGGAGGUUUGGUGGUCUGGCGCCAGAUGCAUGAGGGAGGUGUGGCUCCUCCUCAUCCUGGGUCAGCUGUCCCGCCUCCUAGGGGUACUGGGGUUUUUUGUCAUCUGUCUGGGUGGAAUGACCUGGGUUCGGUGGCUGUUUGGGAACUGGGUGCUCUUGAAUCUGGACAUGUUACGCAUUCUGUUUCUUACUAGAGGUUCUCAGGGGCCGGGCUGAGGCUAUCACCUGUUCCUGUUGGCAGUGCGCUCAGCAAUGUGAGUGCCCUGGUGCGCUGCCGUCGGGAAUCGGACGAGGUGGGUUUCUUGUUUUGGCUUGGGGGAUUCCAGUUCACCUUGGGGUGUGGCUGGAUGUGGCCUAGUUAUCUCGAGGGGAUGGGUGCGCUUGCUGGAGGUCGGAUGAGGCCUAUGUUAAUGGUGCACUGAGGAAGACUCCGGCUGGAGAUGAAAUGCAAUUGCUGCUAGAUCCAAGGAUUGUAUCUGGUAUUUUUUCUUGUUUACUCUGCAGUGUUUUAUUUAGGUUUUGUGCCUAGUAUAUUUUACUAUUUAUACACUGCAUAUUGACCCUGUUUUAAUUGUUUAUUUGUGCAAUAAAUUUUGGAUUCUGCAUUUUGUAUCCUGUGCUGCUCUCCUCAAGGAUAUCGUUUUAGCCUUUUUAGGCACCCUCCUGCAUAUUAUAUAGAGCCUGGGACGGCUUUCAAUCCUGUGAGUUUUGCUUUACAUGAGGAGUCUAACAAUAUAUAUAUAUAUAUAUGUGUAUGUAUGUAUAUAUAAUUAUGUAUAUGUGUGUGUAUAUGUAUGUAUGUGUGUGUGUAUAUAUUUUACACUAUGUUGUGUUAUUGGUGUUUUUUAGAUUGAUCACGAAUGGUCAUUUAAUUUCCUGGUGCAGUAUUUAUUCUAUGUUAAUCUGGCACUGCUAGAAGUGGUGGAACAGGCCAUGGCUGGUUGUGGUGGGGUCCCCCGCUGAUUUUAGAUGUAAAACAGCGGGGUUGUGGUGGGGGUAUGUCCUUGCCAAUUGAGUUUGAGGGGUUACGUUUAAGUAUAUGGAAUGAGAUGAACAAGUUUUUAAGGUCUCAACCUCCCCUGCUUCAAAAGGUUAACAUUAGGUUGCCUGAGGUGUCGUGCCCAUCGAGCGUGGAUAAGGUCGGCUGAUGGCGGGCAUUGGAAAGAUAUGAUUUUAUGACGAGGGGGGAGGUGAGAGGAAGUGGUGAUUAGGAACCACUGUAUGUUUAUUGGCAAGGACGGUUGGGUCACUGUAUAACACUAUGGGUGGAGUUAUAUAUGUAUAUAUGUUAAUUUAUGCUUAUUUAUGUCUAACGUUUUGGUUACAGAAAGAAUAGAUUUAAUAAAUAAAGUUAUGGAUGUGUUAUGCAGUAAUUUAGUUUGUGAUAAUAAAUGCUGUGGCCUGUUCAUCCAUACUAAGUGGUCUGUCAUUAUUGGGGGGUUGAAUGGGGUUAGUUUUGUUCUAGGCUGUAUCACAAUUCCCCACUACGUACAUACAUGAAUAAAUGGGAACAUACUGGAGCUAGGGAGAACAGGAGCUAAUUAUAUGACUGAAUAAAACAUUAAACAUGGUCCCUAAAUUACUAAUAACUGUAACACUUUCCAUGGAAAUGACUCUGAUCUUUUCUGUCUGCACUAUACAGAGACAAGAUGUUGUCUAAUCUUAUAAUAAUCUUAUAAUAAAUAAAAAUUUAUGUCUAUAAAAAUUGGGUGUAUGGGAGAUUUUUUUUUUUUUUUUUUUAUGUGCUCAGGGUGUGCACUUGAUGCAUGGAGGAUGGUGUUCCGAUCCGUCGGUUUCAAAAAAAGUUUGUAUUCCCAUUUAUUGUUGAGGAUGAAUAUCUCUAGGUCUAAAUAUUGUAUCAUCUCCGUAUUAAUGUUGGCCGUCAUCUUGAUUGGGCUAGGGAGGCUGUUAAUCUCUUAUCCAAACUCCUUAGCUUCUUCUGUGGUUCCCCUCCACAAAAUCAAAAUAUCAUCGAUGAAGCGUACAUACUUAGAGAUCCUUUCUGAAUAUGGUUUAAGUAUGUGCUUUUCCUCAAACAUGCAUUUGCAUACAUGGGCACCAUUGCUGCGCCCAUGGAUAUGCCGGAGCACUGCAUAUAACACCUGGUUUCGAACCUGAGAUAAUUCAAUUGUAGGGUCAACAUAAGUAGAUCCAUGAUAAAGUCAAUGGAGGGAACUGGUCACGUUUCUCUCAUAGCUUCUAUUCCUGCUUCGUGAGGGAUUGCGGUAUAAAAACUUUGUACAUCUAAAGUCAUGAGUACAAAAUUAUCAGGAAUUUUUUUUGUGUGUGUUUUUAUAUUCAAUAAGUCGAUCAAUUCAUGAGUCUCUGAUACAUGUUGGUAAAUUUUCCACAGGUUUUUUUUUUUUUUUAAAAAGAUAUUGCGCUAUGGGUUCCCGCACUCCAUCAAUUGCCAACCCUAUCCGGCGUCGAGGGGGUUAUUGUAGACUUUUAUGUAUUUUUGGCAAAGUAUAUAGAAUUGGGAUACUCGGAUUGCUUUUCUAAAAAAAUAAAAAAAAAUAAUUUAAAUAAAUCCAUAUCAAUGAAUACCGCCCGUAAGCCCAUCUCCAAUACAUCUUCAAUUUUUCUCAUUACCUCUGUAGUAGGGUCCUGUGGUAAAGGAACAUAUUUUUGUCUCGAAGUUGUCUAUUGAUUUCUUCAGAGUAAAAAAGAGGUUUUGCCCUUUGCUGAUUGGCUCGGCUCACCUAACUCGCUGCCGACUUCUUGUCGGCUGUGAAGGGUAUCUUGUCUUUGUACCGCUGCUCUAGCCUUGGUCUUCUAGCUCACUCCUCUGUUUUUGCUUUCCCUGUCAGGCCUUAGUCUGGGAAUUACCCUGUAUCUGUAGCCCUGGUGCAAUUUUUGUCUCUUGCUCUACAAACGCCUCCCAUCGUUCCCCUGCCUGUCUGGUGUGUUUCUGUGGUUUUAGGUGUUUGUUGGCCAUGAGUUUGUACUUCCAAUUUAGGGAUAUUUGAUUGGUUAGGGUCCCUACUGUAGGAAUCUUCUCUGAUUUCCAAGCUCUAGCUAGGAGUCCCUGUCCUCCCGCCCAAUGUGCCUCCAAGCGGAUUCAUUGUGGGGCGUCCCCUUCUGCUGUGGACACUUUAACUGCUGUCAGUUGUGCUGUUUUGUAAUAUGCGUGUAUGUUUGGUAGCCCCAAGCCUCCUGUUCUAACAGGCUGUUGCAAGAUUGAGGAUGCCACUCUGGGUUUCUUCCUCGUCCAUACAAACUGUACAAUGAGAAUCUGCAUGGAUGAUAGGAUUUUGGUACUGUUAUGGGUAGGGUACGUAGCAGAUACUGGAAUUUUGGGAGCAGCAUCAUUUUUAUUGCUGCCAUCCUUCCUACCCAAGAUAGGUAUUUGCCCUCCCAUUUUUCUAAUGUUCUUUGUGGAGUUUUGUAUAUAUUUUUUUUUUUCAAUGAGUUUGCGUUGGGUUGAGAUGUUGUUCCCAAGAAAGUGAUGUGGUCAGAUCUCCAAUCAAAGGAGAAAGCAGCUGUAAGUCUGUCUAGGGUUUCCGCUUGUAUUCCCAUCCCCAUGGCUUGGGUCUUAGAUGUUGAGUUUAUAAUAUAGUGUGUAUAGAGUGUUUUCCAUAUUCUGUGAUGGUUGCUACUAGGCUGGGUAAGGAAAUGUGUGGUUGCGUCAACGUUAACAUUAUGUUGUCCACGAAUAAGUUUGCUUUAUAUUCUCUAUCCCCCACCUUCAUCCCGUGAAUUGAUGUGUGUUGUCUUAUAGCGGCCGCCAGUGGUUCCAGGGCCAGUAUAUAUAAUAACAGGGAUAAUGGACAUCCCUGGCGUUAGCCAUUGGAGAUCAAGAAGGGGUCUGAUACAAACCCUGCGUUGAGGACCUGGGCUGUUGGUUUCUUGGUUAGGGUCCUGACCACUGAGAAAGCCCUCCGGGGGCCUGAACUUUGUGAGGACUGCUUCCAAGAACCUCCAGCUCAGUCGGUCAUAGGCCUUUUCGGCAUCCUGUGCCACCACUAUGCUCCCCAACUUUAUACGUUGAGCACUAUAGAUGACAUCAGGCACCUUUCUAGUGUUGUUCCCCCCCCACCCCCCCCGUUAGCCUUUAACAAAGUCCACUUGAUCUGUGUGAAUAACCUGUGGUAGUAUGCGUCCUAGUCGCUGGGCAUAUAUUUUUGCAUCUGUUUAACAGGGAGAUGAGACGGAAGUUUUUGGGACAGGUGGGUGGUUUUCCCGGUUUGGGAAGUGUGGUGACAUGGGCUAGUAGUGUUUAUGGUGGUGGUUUUUGGUGGCUUUGUUGUAUGCCUUCGUGAGGUGUGGUGUUAGUGUGGACUUGAACGCCUUAUAAUAGCAGUUGGCGAAGCCAUCUGGGCCUGGGGCCUUGCCCAUUGGUAACUGCUAUGUUGCCCCGGCCACCUCCUCUUAGUUAAUACUGGAGGAGAGCUCUUGUUGUUGACAGGGUGUGAAUGAUGGCAAAGGAAUCGCAUUUAGGUAUUGUUAUAUAGCUUGUUUUUGGGGCUGAUGUGUUUGAGCGUCGUCCCCUAGAUUGUAUAGGGGGGUGUAGCAGUCUGCACAUCUUAAUGCAUGGUUUUACUUACAUUUAUGUUAAUAUAACUAUCGCUUUAACAUCCAUUGGAACGCUGUUGCAUUCUGUUGCAUUCUGUGUGGAAGUAAUAAUCUAAAAUUUUAUAUUUCGCAGAUCAAGCCAACGGUUGAACGGGAAGCUGGAGAAAAUUAUGCGAUUUUCAAAGCUAUAAAGUUUAAAAAACAAUUGGUCAAUGGGAUAAACUAUCAGAUUCAGGUACAUGGAAAACCUGCAUGUGCUUGAGUAUUUGCAGGGCUUCCUUCUCACUUUCCUUUGGCUAGGACAAACACAGUUUGUAUCCAGAUUCCCAGAACUUUUUGAGGUUUGCAGCUGAAUGUUGGGUGCUCAACGUAACAACUUUAAUUCAUGUCCACCCAGGUUUAACUCAAAAUCCUGACCUUAGAACCAAUUAUUAAACGUUAAAACAUUAUGGAACAUACUCCUUGUUCCUUCACUGUAAUUUCUCUGUGGGAAGGUUUAAUCUCAUUUUAAGGCUCAAAUAAAUCUGAUGCUGGGUGGUGGGAUGCAAGCUCUCUAAUAUUAAAGGACAUUAUUAUGCAAAAAAGUUCCCCCAAUACGUCUUUGGUUAAUUGCAGAAGGAGAUGUCCUUUAACAGUGGACUGUUGGGUUCAGAACAUAGUCUUAGUUUUUCCUUACAUAGUUUUCUGUUUCAGGUUUCUACUGGCGGAGAUAACUGCAUUUUUCUGAAGGUUUACAAGACAUUUGGUGGAGAAUUAUCUCUCUCUAAUUAUCAGACAAAUAAAAAACUAGACGACCCUUUCAUCUUCUAGACGUGGACAUGUCUGGCCUGCUACAGAAUCUGCCAGACCCAUGAACUUCCAUUCUCCAAACUCUGGAAACUCUUCUGCUUGCUUCUAUUAACUACACACAUAAGGAGUUAUAUUAAAAAUAUUGGCACAGAGUGGUAAAUAUCUAUAGUCCCUUCUCUAGUUUUUAGAACACUAACCCAGAAUUACUUCUCAUUUUUCAUUAAUUCCAAAUAACUCAACAAAGUUCUAAUUAGAAUGUUACCAGGACACAAUGUAAACCAGUACCAACCUAUAACGUCUAGGUCCAUUGCUGAUCUACUCAGAACAAGCUUUACCCCUACGAAAUAUUUACAAGGGCAGUGUAAUUGUGUCAACAAUAUUGAAGAUCGUUCUACUGAUCAAUACUAGCUUUAGGAAUGGGGCAAUUCAUGACGUAUUAUGCCCCAAUAGAUAAUGUACUUUCACUGCUUCUGUUACCAUUUAAACCAUAGACCUCUUACAGCAAAAAAUUUUCCAUACCCUCUUAUCAGUAUCUGCCAAGAAUGGCCAACAUCUCUAUUGGUCAAUAUUUCAGCACUGGAAGUAGAAUUUGUCUUACAUCUCUUAUGGUUUUGUAGCACCAGUCAAAAAAUAAAAUACUUUGUAAAAUAAA